CUCGGCUUGCGAGUUCCCCCUCCUCUGAAGCACUCGGCAAUUUUGACUUGGAGGGAAGUGAAGUCUCAUGGCGUCAUUGCCGGACAGAAACCAUCAAUUGAUGGCAAAGGACGGUGGACUGAACAUCGAUACCCCUGGAAUCUCUCCUCAUUCUCAUGCAACCGAGCUUAUGCCUGACAUAUUCUUGUCCACCGACUCAGCCUGAAAUGGGGGAGAGCUCAGCCGUCACAUGACCCAAGCCUUCAGAUCCUCCUCCACUGUCCCAGCCACACCCAAUAACGAGCUUUGUCCUCCACCAGACCCCCAACAUCUCAAGCCUCCGAGCCGGGCCAACCCUGCUUCACCCAAACAGCGACGGUCGCUAUAGCCGGCAGCUCCCUCCCCCAAUCUCUUCGUCACCGCUGUGUGUCAGACCCCGCUCCUCGGAAACUUGUACUAUAUGCGGAGAAGCUCGCGGGAGAGUCGACUCCAGAGAGCGCAAGCAAGCGACUUCAAGGGUGGAUUCUUGCGCCCUGAUAGCUACACGGAUAUACAUCUAUUUCCAACAGAAUCGCCGCAAAAGAAAAGAAACCUGAUAAAAAGGGAAGAAAGAAAAGAAUAACAUCACCUUUCCACAACCUCCCUCCAACAAGCGAAACCGAGAAUGCUACGUCUUGCACUUCCCCACCCACAUAACCCCCAACAAAUCACCAGGGCAAACAAUUUAUCCCCCCUCCCCACCCCUUCCGUACAAAAAAUAACCCCUAAAAACAGGUACACAAGACGUACAUGAUGCAAUCUAGCUCCUUUCCAGUCCCGCAUCACACCCUCCCUUCUCUCCUACUCCCUGCGCGCCAGCAUAACCCCGUCUUUCUUCACCGGACACGUCCCUCGUCCCGCACCACUGUCAUCGGUGAUUACUCACUCCAAAAAAAUAAAAUAAUCAGGGUCUGGUCUAGCGAUCAGCACAUAAAGAGAAGGAGGAAGAAAAUCGGGUAUGUACAACUUCCCCCGUUAUCGACCCAAGGGUGGAACACGAUGUGGAAACUGCAUUACUCGAACUACUAUACAGAAUCCAGUGAUUCGCUAAGCCGAACCAAAUAUCUCUUAUUUUCAGUUUUUUGUUUUGUGUAUAGAACUAUUACACGGAUGUAUAUCUGCGCUUUACCCUCCCCUUCUAGUGAUUCAACCGUCAAACAAAGCGCAGAAACAGGAAGGAAUUACGAUUGUCUUCGUGAGUUUGGCAAUGGUUUGAUAUGA